AUGCGUUUCUCAAUUGCCACUCUUAUCCCUCUCGCUGUUCUCGCAGUCUCCGUCCUCUCGACGUCCGCUCAGGCCAGGGACGGCGGUGUCGAUCGCAAGGGCAAGGACCAUCGCAAUGACGGCGGCAGCAAGGACUACCACUAUGGCAAGGGUCGCAAGGACUGCACCUGGGAGCCUGUGUUUGAGCACAAGAAAGAUUUCAAGGGGUGGAAUAAGGGCAAGUACACCCCUUACGACCACAAUACGGAAAGAACAUCUUUGAUCCUGUAG